AUGCUGGAGUGCGACAUUUCUACUGAUCACACCUUGAUCCGGAAGCAGACACCGAAGGCCCCCGUGCAACAGGUAGACGGCAUGACGUAUAAUUUCAUGUCAUCUAAUAAAUCACGAUGUCACCGGCUAAGGGUAGCCGCGAAAUUUAAAUAUCGGCCAAGGAGCGUCGCACUCACUGAAGUUCAGAUAUCAGGGUUCAAGGGCGCCGGAGAAAAUACCGACAUUCUGCCGCGCCGCGCAGGUUCACUGUUUGAUGACCAGUACGUGAAUGCGAGCGUUCCGAUGACCUUUGCUUGA